AUGCGUGUCACUCUGACAACACCUGUGAGUAGUGAGCAUGAUACAUCAGCUGGUGUUGGUGCUGGUGCUGGUGGUCUUCGUAUGGCUUCAAGACUUGGUCCUAAUUAUGGAAGAAAACAAAAUGAAAGUCAAGCGAAACAAGUUAUACGAAAUUCAGUCAACCGAUCAUCAUCGUCGUCAGCAGCAGCAGCAGUCGCAGGAGCAACAGCCACAGGAUCAAGUGUUCCAAUGGAAGUUGAUGCAGAUGUUGUGCGUAAAGCUCUAUUCAAUAUCAGUUCAUCAGGUAGUGUACAGUCAAGAAGACCUGUAGACUUUAGUGUUAGUCUUCGUUAG